AUGUCUUUACCUCAAAUCCAAAAACCCGCUCCCGACUUUGCCGGAACAGCCGUCAAGGAAGGUUCUUUCGAGGAAAUCAAGUUAUCUGAUUACCAGGGAAAAUGGACUGUCCUCUUGUUCUACCCCAUGGACUUCACCUUCGUCUGCCCUACUGAGAUCCUCGCCUUCAACGCUGCCCUUCCUCAAUUCGCCGCUAUCGGUGCCGAGGUUAUCGGUGUUUCCACCGACUCUGAAUUCACUCAUCUCGCUUGGUCUCAAACCAACCGAAAAGAAGGUGGUCUCGGUCCUAACCUCAACAUAACCUUGCUCGCCGACCGAAACCACGCUGCUUCCAAGGCAUACGGUGUCCUUCUCCCAGAGGAAGGUAUCGCACUCCGAGGUACUUUCUUCAUCGACCCCAAAGGUACUCUCAGAGCUAUGCACGUUCACGAUUUACCCGUUGGACGAUCUGUUGAAGAAUCUAUCCGACUCAUCAAGGCUUUCCAAUUCACCGAUGAACACGGUGAAGUCUGUCCCGCAGGCUGGGAAGAAGGUAAAGAAACCAUCGACACUUCUAACAAACUCAAAUACUUUGAGAAACAGUAA